ACCCUGCAUUCACUAUAUCCGGUCUCCACCGGACCCUGCAUUCACUAUAUCCGGUCUCCACCGGACCCUGCAUUCACUAUAUCCGGUCUCCACCGGACCCUGCAUUCACUAUAUCCGGUCUCCACCGGACCCUGCAUUCACUAUAUCCGGUCUCCACCGGACCCUGCAUUCACUAUAUCCGGUCUCCACCGGACCCUGCAUUCACUAUAUCCGGUCUCCACCGGACCCUGCAUUCACUAUAUCCGGUCUCCACCGGACCCUGCAUUCACUAUAUCCGGUCUCCACCGGACCCUGCAUUCACUAUAUCCGGUCUCCACCGGACCCUGCAUUCACUAUAUCCGGUCUCCACCGGACCCUGCAUUCACUAUAUCCGGUCUCCACCGGACCCUGCAUUCACUAUAUCCGGUCUCCACCGGACCCUGCAUUCACUAUAUCCGGUCUCCACCGGACCCUGCAUUCACUAUAUCCGGUCUCCACCGGACCCUGCAUUCACUAUAUCCGGCCUCCCCGGACCCCGCAUUCACUAUAUCUGGUCUCCCCGGACCCCGCAUUCACUAUAUCUGGUCUCCCCGGACCCCGCAUUCACUAUAUCUGGUCUCCCCGGACUCUGCAUUCCCUAUAUCUGGUCUCCCAGGACCCUGCAUUCACUAUAUCCGGUCUCCCAGGACCCUGCAUUCACUAUAUCCGGUCUCCCACUACCCGGCAUUCACUAUAUCC